AUGGGUUCAGGAAACAAGAGAAGCAGAGAAGAUACCACUGCUGAAUUGCGUGUCUCAUCUUAUACAAAACAACCACAAGUUGCCGUUGGUUCAUUCUUUAACGGGUUUACUGCAUCUGAAGAUACUGAAUUUGAAUUAUAUCAAAAAAAACAUACUGAAGAUGAAUUUAUUUUCCAUGGUGAAAAUGAAAGAUUGGACUAUAGUGGUGCUACUUUAGAAGAAGAUAGUAGUGGAUAUGCAGUUGCUGUUUAUGAUCCAGUAAGCAAAUCUGUUGAUUUAUACCAAGCACCAGUCUUAUUAGGUUCAGUUUCAUCAAAAGCUCAUAGAAAAUUAAAAGGUCCUGCUGUUAAACAAAACAACGUUCGUAUGAAUAUCCAACGUAAUGCAUUAGGUGAAGCUUUCGGUACGAAAAAGGCUAAGAAAGCUAUUUCUGAUCUUGAAAGAAAUCGUAUUGAUUCUGAUAAACUAGCUGAUGUUGAAGCUGAUAUUGUUGAUACAGUUAAAGCUAGUACAACUUCAUUACCAACUAGAGAUCAACUUACUGAAACUGUCUUGAAUGAUAGGCCAACACCAGCAUGUGAUGUUGAUGCUACAAAUGUUGAAGACAUUUAUCCAGUUUAUAAUAUAAUACCGAAAAGAGAACUCACAUUCAUUCGUGUUGGUUCUAUACUUAACGAAGAAGAUAUCAAAAAGAAAGUUGAAUUAUUACCAUAUCAAAACUCACCUUACAUUACAAGUCAACUUUCAUCUAUUAAUAAUGAAAGUCAAACACAAAAAUUACAAUUAAUCUAUUAUGCAUCAUUAUUAAUUGGUGUUUAUCAAAACAGACGUAUAUCUAAUAAGGAAAAUUUAAGUACAGCAUUAAAUACACCACCAGAUUUAUUGAUUGAUGGUAUUUUGGAAAGAUUUACCAUUUUAAGACCAGGUCAAUUUGGUCGUUCAAAAGAUCGUGGUUAUACUAUUGAUCCACAUCAUGAAGAUAAAUUAUUAUGUUACUUAUUAGCAACGAUCUUACAUAUCAACAAUUUCAUUGUGGAGAUCAGUCCAUUAGCUCAAGAAUUAUCAUUAAAACCAUCAAGAUUAGUUGGUCUUUUCAAAGCUCUUGGUUGUAUUGUUAAAUCUGCUACUGUUGCUGAAGCUGAAGCUUUUGGUAUUCCAAAAUCAAUUGCAGCUUCUUACAAAAUUGCUUCAUUAAAAGUUCCAUUCAAAUUACCACAAAUGACUAGAAGAGGUAGAAAAACUUAG